AUGGUGGAGGCGGCGCCCCCGGGAUCCGGGACGCUGCGGAAGACCUUCCUGGUGCCCGAGAUCAAGUCGCUGGACCAGUAUGAUUUCUCGCGGGCCAAGGCGGCGGCCAGCCUGGCGUGGGUGCUGCGGGCCGCGUUCGGGGGCGCAGAGCAUGUACCCCCAGAGCUGUGGGAACCUUUCUACACCGACCAGUAUGCGCAGGAGCACGUGAAGCCCCCUGUGACGAGGCUGUUGCUUUCAGCUGAGCUCUACUGCAGGGCCUGGCGCCAAGCAUUGCCACAGCUCGAGGCGCCCCCGAACCCCUCGGCGCUGCUAGCACUGCUGGCACGGAAGGGCACGGUGCCCUCGCUGCCAGAGCGCCCAGUACUUGAGGCCGACCUGCGGCACCAGCCCAUCCUCAUGGGUGCCCACCUAGCUGUCAUCGAUGCCCUCAUGGUUGCCUUCGCCUUCGAGUGGACAAAGACCCUGCCCGGCCCUGUGGCCACCAGUAGCUUGGAGCACAAGCUCCUUCUCUGGGUGGACUCGACUGUACGGAGGCUGCAGGAGAAAACGGAACAGGAAGCCAUCCAGCGAGCGUCCCCAGCAGCCCCGGCAGAUGGGGUGGCACCAACUCAGCCCUCGUGCCCCACACGCUGGUACUGGAAGCUGGUCCCUCACGCAAUUGCCUUCUGUUUGAAGGAGUCAGGGAGCAAACCCCCCAUGAUCCGGUACCGAAAGGACCGUGCCGUGGCCCGCCGCGCGCCCUGCUUCCCCACGGUGGCCAGCCUCCAAGACUUGGCGAGUGGAGCGGCCCUGGCUGCCACUAUCCACUGCUACUGCCCCCAGCUGUUGCGCCUUGAGGAGGUCUGCCUCAAGGACCCCAUGUCGGUGGCGGACAGCUUAUACAACCUCCAGCUAGUGCAGGACUUCUGUGCCUCUCGCCUUCCACGUGGCUGCCCGCUGUCCCUGGAGGACCUGCUGUACGUCCCCCCACCCCUCAAGGUCAACCUAGUGGUGCUGCUGGCCGAGAUGUUCACGUGCUUUGAGGUGCUCAAGCCCGACUUCGUGCAGCCCAAAGACUUGCCCGACGGGCACGCUGCUACCCCCCGAGGCACAGAUGCAUCCCCAACCCAGAAUCAAAACCACAGUGGCAGUAGUUCUCCUGUCUUCAAUUUCCGUCACCCGCUCCUGUCCCCUGGAGGCCCCCAGUCUCCACUCCGUGGAUCCACAGGCUCCCUACAGUCCUCACCAUCCAUGUCCCACAUGGAGACGCUGGGCAAGGUCUGGAACCGCCAACUCAGCCGGCCCCUCUCCCAGGCUGUGUCCUUCAGCACCCCCUUUGGCCUGGACAGCGAUGUGGAUGUCGUGAUGGGAGAUCCGGUCUUGCUCCGCUCGGUCAGCUCGGACAGCCUGGGGCCCCCUCGCCCCUUGCAGGCCCGGACGUCCGCCCCACCCCCGCCGGAGCCCGGGGACCUACCCACAAUCGAGGAGGCCUUACAGAUCAUCCACAGCGCCGAGCCCCGCCUGCUCCCCGAUGGGGCCGCCGACGGCAGCUUCUACCUCCACUCCCCCGAGGGGCCCUCAAAACCGCCGCUGACCUCUCCCUACCCACUCGAAGGCACCUUGAAAGCACUGCCCGAUGGGCCCACCAGAGCACCUGCGUAUGUGCCCCACCCCGAGGGACCCUCGAAACCAUUACCGUGCCCAGCUCGGGAGGGUUCAAAACACCCUGAGGGGUCCCCGAAGUCAGUGGCUUCGUCGCCGGCCACCAACUCCGAAGUGAAGAUGACCAGCUUCGCUGAACGCAAGAAGCAGCUGGUGAAGGUAGAGGCCGAGGCUGGAGGGGGCUCCCCAGAGGCCACCCCGGCUGCCCCUGAGGCCCUGAGCUCGGAGAUGAGUGAGCUUGGCGCCCGACUGGAGGAGAAGCGCCGGGCCAUCGAGGCCCAGAAGCGGCGCAUCGAGGCCAUCUUCGCCAAGCACCGCCAGCGCCUGGGCAAGAGUGCAUUUCUGCAGGUGCAGCCGCGGGAAGCGGCCGGUGCCCCCGAGGACGAGGCCGCAGGGGAGGCAGAGGCAGGUCCAGCCCCUGGCGGCGAGCGGCCGGCCGGCGAGGGCCAGGGCGAGCCGUCCCCGCGGCCCAAGUCAGUGACCUUCUCUCCCGAGCUGGGGCCGCUGCCCCCCGAGGGGCUGGGAGAGUACAACCGAGCGGUCAGCAAGCUGAGCGCUGCCCUGAACUCGCUACAGCGUGACAUGCAGAGGCUAACGGACCAGCAGCAGCGGCUCCUGGCCCCACACGAGCCCCCCGGCCCCGGCUCGCCACCUGCUGCCUGGGUCAUCCCCGGCCCCACAACAGGCCCCAAAGCCUCGUCCCCCAGCCCCGCUCGCCGAGCCCCAGCCGCGCGUCGCAGUUCCGGGCCUGGCCCUAGCCCCGCAGCCCCUCGCAGCAGCCCCAAACACGCCCGGCCGGCAGAGCUGCGGCUAGCGCCCCUGACCAGGGUGCUGACGCCCCCCAACGACGUAGACAGCCUCCCCCACCUGCGCAAGUUCUCGCCGAGCCAGGUGCCCGUGCAGACGCGCUCUUCCAUUCUCCUGGCGGAGGGGACGCCGCCCGAGGAGCCCUCCGCCCGGCCCGGCCUCAUCGAGAUCCCGCUGGGCAGCCUGCAGGAGCCCACAGCCGAGGAUGAGGAAGACGGGAGCCCCCCAGGUGCCGAGGACUCCCUCGAGGAGGAGGCAUCUUCAGAGGGAGAACCCAGGGCUGGACUUGGAUUCUUCUAUAAGGAUGUUGACAAGCCCGAGGAUGAGAUGGCACAGAAGCGGGCCAGCCUGUUGGAGCGGCAGCAGCGGAGGACGGAGGAGGCCCGGCGGCGCAAGCAGUGGCAGGAGGCGGAAAAGGAGCAGCGGAGAGAGGAGGCUGCCCGACUGGCCCAGGAGGAGGUGGCCCCAGCGGCUCCGCCACCCCCCGCGGUGCCCGCUGCCCGGGCCGAGGAGGAGGUGGGCACCCGGCGGGGGGAGUUCACGAGGCUGGAGUACGAGCGCCGGGCGCAGCUGAAGCUGAUGGACGACCUGGACAAGGUGCUGCGGCCCUGUGCGUCGGGGGCCGGAAGGCCAGGCCGCGGUGGACGCAAGGCCCCUCGGCCCCGCUCUGGCUGCUGUGACGACUCAGCCCUGGCCCGGAGCCCUGCCCGGGGCCUGCUCGGCUCUCGGCUCAGCAAGGUCUAUUCCCAGUCCACCCUGUCACUGUCAACUGUGGCCAACGAGGCCCCCCACAACCUCGGUGUGAGAAGGCCCACGUCUCGGGCCCCAUCCCCAUCUGGCCUCAUGUCCCCAAGCCGCCUGCCCGGGAGCCGCGAGCGUGACUGGGAGAACGGCAGCAACGCUUCGUCCCCGGCGUCGGUGCCUGAGUACACAGGUCCCCGGCUCUACAAGGAGCCCAGCGCCAAGUCCAACAAAUUCAUCAUCCACAACGCCCUUUCACACUGCUGCCUAGCAGGCAAGGUGAACGAGCCGCAGAAGAACCGCAUUCUGGAGGAAAUCGAGAAGAGCAAGGCCAACCACUUUCUGAUCCUCUUCCGAGACUCCAGCUGCCAGUUCCGGGCACUGUACACGCUGACUGGGGAGUCGGAGGAGCUGUCCCGGCUGGCGGGCUACGGCCCCAGGACCGUCACGCCCGCCAUGGUGGAGGGCAUCUAUAAGUACAACUCGGACCGCAAGCGCUUCACCCAGAUUCCUGCCAAGACCAUGUCCAUGAGCGUGGACGCCUUCACCAUCCAGGGCCACCUCUGGCAGAGCAAGAAGCCCACAACACCCAAGAAAGGGGGCAGCACCCCCAAAUAGCCCUAUCUGGGCGGCCACCGCCC